UUGUUUUUAUCCAGUGUAGAUUGUGCUCAGUUUUCACACGAAGGUGGGCACUUUUUGUGACCCAUCUUAGUCAGUAGGCUUUUGUUACUUCAAAUUAGUAAUUUGUUCAAAUUUGAAUAAUUAUUGACACAAACUCAUUUCUUUUUUUCAUAAACAUUUCUUCAAACUAACUUAUCACAAUCUACUCGGUAUAAAAAUAAUGCAAACAUGUUGCAUGUGCGAAAAAAAGAAAAAAAUGCGUCAUAAAAUGAAAGGGCGCCACCAUUUGUUUUUACGUUAUAUUUUACACACCGAGACCAUCCUGAAAAGAUCUGCUGUAAAUAUGGGGGACUGUAGUGAUCUAGAUAGGCAAAUAGAACAGCUCAGAAAAUGUGAAAUAAUCAAAGAAAGUGAAGUCAAAGCACUGUGUGCAAAAGCAAGGGAGAUUUUAAUUGAAGAGAGCAAUGUCCAGAGGGUGGACUCACCAGUAACAGUAUGUGGAGACAUCCAUGGCCAAUUCUACGACUUAAAAGAAUUAUUUAAGGUUGGGGGUGAUGUUCCUGACACCAACUACUUGUUCAUGGGUGACUUUGUGGAUAGAGGUUUUUACAGUGUUGAAACGUUUCUUCUUCUAUUAGCGUUAAAGGUACGGUACCCAGAUCGAAUCACACUGAUCCGAGGGAAUCAUGAGAGCCGGCAGAUCACGCAAGUCUAUGGUUUUUACGAUGAGUGUUUAAGGAAAUAUGGCUCCAUCACUGUCUGGAGAUACUGUACAGAAAUCUUUGACUAUCUCAGUUUAUCUGCCAUCAUAGACGGAAAAAUUUUCUGCGUACAUGGUGGUUUGUCGCCCUCUAUCAACACAUUAGAUCAGAUCCGCGUGAUCGACAGGAAGCAGGAAGUUCCACAUGACGGGCCAAUGUGCGAUCUGCUAUGGUCCGACCCUGAAGAUACCCAAGGAUGGGGAGUGAGCCCUCGAGGUGCAGGCUACCUGUUUGGAAGCGACGUUGUGCAGCAGUUUAACACAGUCAAUAACAUUGACAUGAUCUGCAGAGCCCAUCAACUAGUCAUUGAAGGAUACAAGUGGCAUUUUAAUGAAACUGUACUAACCGUUUGGUCAGCGCCAAAUUACUGCUAUAGAUGUGGUAAUGUGGCAGCAAUACUGGAAUUAGAUGAACAUUUACAAAGAGAUUUUACAAUAUUUGAGGCAGCACCACAGGAGGUUCGAGGAAUGCCAGCCAAGAAACCAGUACCAGACUACUUUUUAUAAGAGCCACGAGCACCGACCAAUCAAACAAGACCAUUGCCAAUCGUAGGUAUGACAACAGGAUAAACAGCCAAUGAGUGAGUCCGUAUUAUGAUAUCAUUGAUCAACCAACCAAUGAGAGACUCCAGACAAUGACGGCAGUGGACAAUCAACAGACAAAGAAGUCCAUAGAAUUGACCAAUGUGAGACGCUGUACAGUGACGCCGGUAUAUUCAACCAACCAAUGAGAGACAAGGUACAUGGCCACCCAACCAAUUAGAGACAUUGUACAAUAACAUCAAUGCAUAACUGACCAAUGAGAGACUCUGUACAAUCGACACCCCAAGGACCAGCGACAGUUGAGUGAACUCCAUGUUUAUAAAAACAAACUUUAUGGAACAAGCCAGUAAAUGCAGGAUUUAAGGCAUAAGACGAGGCAAAAACAAAAUUGUACAAACAUUUUUCGUACAAGACGAAACGUGACAUGUUUAAAAAAUUUGUACAAUUUUACCACUAAAAUAGUUUGUAAACCUUAAGUUCAAGAAUAGCUUGUACAUGUCAGAGAUACCAACACACACGAUUUGGGCGUAGCAAAUACGAUUUCGAGCCGUGACUAUGACGCUACGAUAAUACUCAAUAAAA